CAAGUCAACACUCUAAACUGAGGGAAGAUAACACAGACUUCUGAAAAAACAAUUCACAGGGAAAACAAAAAUGGAUGUACUGACCUUCGGAAUAAUAGUAGGAAUUAUAAUUCUGUUUUUCGCCAUUGUUUGCAUUUUCACCAUUGAAGGCGCCUGCAACCGCCGCUCCACCUAACUCAAAACUCUCUCACUCUUCCACCACCACUCAAUUCUCAGUUUCUCUCUCCUCAAAUGUGGCGAAGGCAAUUCAGCAGUACCGCGACUGCGAUUACCGCGCUAAAAGACAAAAAGUGGGACGCCUUAGUAAUCGGAGGAGGCCACAACGGUUUGACGGCGGCGGCUUACUUAGCUCGCGGUGGAUUAUCCGUCGCCGUCCUUGAGCGGCGUCACCUUGUCGGCGGUGCUGCUGUUACGGAGGAGUUAAUCCCUGGGUUUAAGUUCUCGCGCUGUAGUUAUCUCCAGAGUCUUCUUCGUCCUUCCAUCAUCAAAGAGUUGGAAUUGGAGAGACAUGGAAUGAAGCUACUGAGGAGAGAUCCGUCGUCGUUUACGCCGUGUUCGGAUGGGAGAUAUCUUUUGUUAGGGCCUGAUAAGGAGCUUAAUCGUUCCGAGAUCUCCAAGUUCUCCUUAAGUGAUGCUGAUGCUUAUCCCAGAUACGAGAGUCAGCUUGAACGGUUCUGUAAAUUCUUGGAUCCGAUUCUGGAUUCACCGACUCCUGAGAAUUUAAAAGGUGCGUCAUCUUUUGGUGACAAGAUGAAGAGUAAGUUGUACAAGUCAACUUUUUGGUCUUCCUGCCUUCAUCGUGCCGCUUCCCUUGGGCAAAAAGAGAUGGUGGAUUUUAUGGACCUUCUUUUGUCCCCAGCCUCAAAGGUUCUGAAUAACUGGUUUGAGUCUGAUGUUCUAAAAGCAACACUUGCAACAGAUGCUGUAAUAGGAAGCAUGGCAAGUGUGCACACGCCAGGUAGCGGGUAUGUGUUACUACAUCAUGUGAUGGGAGAAACAAACGGAGAACGUGGCGUAUGGUCGUAUGUAGAAGGGGGAAUGGGUUCUGUCUCCUUAGCCAUCAACCAUGCAGCAAAAGAAGCUGGAGCACACGUAGUGACCAGUGCUGAAGUUUCACAGCUGAUGACCGGGGACUCUGGAGCUGUAGAGGGGGUAUUGCUGGCUGAUGGAACGCAGGUUCACUCCUCCAUUGUGCUAUCUAACGCAACCCCUUACAAAACUUUUGUGGAUUUCGUGCCAGAUCAUAAACUUCCUGAUGAAUUUCUCCGCACCAUCAAGAACUCUGACUAUAGUUCUGGAACCACAAAAAUAAAUUUAGCAGUUGACAAGUUGCCCCAGUUUGAUUGUUGCGAUAGCAAAAUGGAUGCCGGCCCUCAGCAUGUUGGUACUAUUCAUAUUGGUUCAGAAAGCAUGGAGGAGAUUCAUUCUGCCUGUCAAGACGGUUUGAAUGGCUUACCAUCACGAAGACCAGUUAUUGAAAUGACGAUCCCUUCUGUGUUAGAUAAAACGAUAUCCCCUCCAGGAAAACAUGUAAUCAACUUAUUCAUACAAUACACACCCUAUCAACCAUCAGAUGGAAGCUGGCAAGACACUGCAUACAGGGAGUCGUUUGCAAAACGGUGUUUCUCCUUGAUUGAUGAAUAUGCACCUGGCUUCAGCUCAUCAAUUCUUGGAUAUGACAUGCUUACUCCUCCAGACCUAGAGAGUGAAUUUGGUUUAACAGGAGGAAAUAUCUUUCAUGGUGCUAUGGGAUUAGAUUCUCUCUUUCUUAUGAGACCUGCAAAAGGAUGGUCAAAUUAUAGGACACCACUAGAAGGAUUGUAUUUGUGUGGAAGUGGAGCUCACCCUGGUGGCGGGGUUAUGGGCGCACCUGGGCGCAAUGCCGCACAUGCAGUUCUCAAUGAUAUUAAGAAGAAAAAAUAAGAAGGCACAGAGUAGAGAUGGCAAUGGAUCCUAGACCCUGUUCAGAUUAGUUAUAUAGGAUCUAGAACUUCAAAUUCUGGACGUUGUGGAUCCGGAUUCGCUUCUGACAGAUAGGAUCUGAGUCCUAUUUUUUAGAUUCUGAUCCGGUCCCGAUUCGGCCUGUCUAUCCGUUUUAAAAGAAAUCUUAUGUUUAAUGAAAAAUACAUGUGGAUCUAGAUCAUGAAAAAUACAUGAAAAAUACAUCUGGAUCUGGAUAGGAUUCAGCCUAAAUCGUUGCCAUCCCUAGCAUGAAGGGGUAUGGAGAAUUGUACAGUUUCAUGCUGGACUAUUGCAUCAUUAAGCUACUGUACAAAUAAUAUUUUCAUUUAACAUUUUAACCUUUUGUGGA